AAGAAAGAAAGAGAGGCAGAAGGCAUUGUAUUAUAGAUUGAUUACUAUAGGUAGGUGAAAAUUAAGAUGAAAAAGGUGUUUGUUAAAUAUUGUUUGAUGUUAAUGUUGAUGGUGGGAAUUAAUGGAGAAGAGAAGAAGAUAGGAGUAAAGGUGGGUGUUGUUCUUGACAUUGAUAAAGUGAUUGGGAAGAUAAGCUCCACGUGCAUCAAUAUCUCUCUCUCUGAUUUUUAUGCAGCUCAUCCCCACUACAAAACCAGGCUGCUCGUCAUACCCAGGAACUCCAAAACCGAUGUUGUCACUGCUGCGGCUUCAGCUCUAGACUUGAUAAAGAACGUACAGGUGCAAGCAAUUCUUGGACCAGAGAAUUCAAUGGAGACUGGCUUUGUAAUAAACUUGGGCAACAAAUCUCAAGUACCAAUCAUCUCCUUCUCUGCAACGAGCCCUUCCCUUGCUUCUAAGCGCAGUCCAUAUUUUAUCCGAGCCACACAGAGCAGCUCAUUUCAAGUAAAAGCCAUUGCCGCCAUUGUUCAAGCCUUCGGUUGGAGAGAAGCUGUGCCCAUUUACGUGGACAACGAGUUUGGCGAAAGCAUCAUACCUUACUUAACUGAUGCUUUACAAGACCUCGAUGUCCGGGUACCAUACCGGAGCGUCAUCUCUCCAUCAGCAACCGAUGAUCAACUACUUCAAGAGCUUUUCAAGUUGAUGACGAUGCAGACACGGGUUUUUAUGGUUCACUUGUUGCCGUCUCUUGGAUCUAGGAUCUUUUCCAAAGCUAAAGAGAUUGGCAUGAUGAGGUCGGGUUACGUUUGGAUCAUGACAGAUGGGAUGACAAAUCUGAUGAAUAUUAUGGAUCGAGGAGAGCUUGAAUCCAUGCAAGGUGUGUUGGGUAUCAAACCUUUUGUUCCAAUAUCAAAAGAACUUGAAGAUUUCAAGGUUCGAUGGAAAAAAGAGUUCAGUACAAAAAAACCAAGUCUUCUUAAUGCUGAGCUUAACAUUUUUGGGUUAUUGGCAUAUGAUUCUGCUAUGGCAUUGGCAACGGCAGUUGAAAAUGCAGGCACUAGAAACAUAGAAUAUGAUGAUUCUCAAGUUUCAGGAAAUUCAUCAGACCUGGAAAGUUUUGGCAUCUCUUUGUAUGGUCCCAAACUAAGGCAACAAAUAUCGAAUAUAAGAUUCAAAGGGCUAACGGGGGAUUUUCACAUCUUAAAUGGGCAGCUUCAGUCAUUAACUUAUCAGAUUAUUAAUGUAAACGGUAACGAGGAAAGAGGGAUUGGAUUCUGGACACCAAAAAAUGGAUUUGUGAAGGAAUUGAACUCCACAAACUCAACGGUGUAUUCUACUUCAAAAGCUAAUCUUGGACGUAUUAUUUGGCCAGGGGGAUCCAGUGCUACUCCUAAAGGAUUUGAGAUCCCAACAAAUGGGAAGAGGUUGAGAAUUGGAGUCCCGAAGAAGAAAGGUUUUAGUGAGUUUGUGGAGGUGACUAGAGACCCUGUUACUAACAGAACAAGUGUCACUGGUUUCUGUAUAGACGUUUUUGAUGCUGCAAUGAGACAAAUGCCUUAUGAUGUCUCUUACGAUUAUUUUCCUUUUGAAACUCCUGAUGGCAACCCUGCUGGCAGCUAUGACGAGUUAGUCAAUCAAGUGUAUCUUGGGAACUAUGAUGCUGUUGUUGGAGAUACGACGAUAUUGGCGAACAGGUCCUGGUUUGUAGACUUCACAUUACCAUACACAGAUUCAGGAGUGUCAAUGGUGGUGUCAAUCAAGGACAAUAAAGAGAAACAUGCAUGGGCGUUCCUGACGCCUUUGACUUGGGAUCUUUGGGUGACAAGCGCUUGCUUCUUUGUGUUCAUUGGAUUUGUCAUCUGGGUGCUUGAGCACAGAAUCAAUGAAGAUUUUCGUGGGCCUCUUGAGCAUCAAGUCGGCACUAGCUUCUGGUUUUCUUUCUCCACCAUGGUUUUUGCUCAGAGGGAAAGAGUAGUAAGCAACUUGGCCAGAUUUGUAAUGAUCAUAUGGUUCUUCGUUGUGCUUAUAUUGACGCAAAGCUACACAGCCGGCUUGACCUCGCGUUUAACGGUGCAGCAGCUGCAGCCAACAGUGACCAGCAUAGAUGAACUGUUGAAGAAAGGGGAGAACGUGGGUUACCAAAGGGGUUCUUUUGUUUUAGGUAUCUUGAAGCGACUGGGUUUUAACGAAUCCAAGCUCAUACCUUAUGACUCUCCUGAACAUUGCAAUGCUCUCUUCUCUAAUGGAACUGCCAAAAAUGGUAUUGUUGCUGCUUUCGACGAAGUUCCCUACAUGAAGGUUUUUCUUGGAAAGUUCUGCAACAAAUAUACCAUGAUUGAUCCGACUUUCAAGAUUGAUGGAUGGGGUUUUGUUUUCCCAAGACGGUCACCUUUAGUGCCUGAUGUUUCAAGGGCAAUCUUGAUUGUUACAGAGGGAGGCACCCUGACAAAAAUUGAAAAUGCAUACUUCAGAGAACAAGGCAUGAAUUGCUCAGAGGAAAACAACUUGGUAUCUUCCAACAGUAUGGAUCUUAAUAGUUUCUGGGGUCUGUUCCUGAUUGCAGGCAUUGCUUCACUGUCAGCUCUCUUAAUAUUCACAAUCAUGUUCUUGUACCAGCAUAGGGAAGUUUUGAUGAGAUCUGAUUCCACAGAGUCGGUAUGGAGAAGAAUACUUGUUUUGUUGAGAAUCUUCAACCAAAGAGAUCUGAGCUCUCAUACUUUUAAGAAAUGUGAAGAUAGGAGUAGAAGUAGUCAUGAUCAUGGCCUGGUUUCCAUUGAAGCAUCACCCAACAGACAUUGCCCGCCUACCCCAUCAACCACAUCUAAUAAUACUCGGUAUCCAUAUAGUCCAUCUACCUUUUAUAAUACUAACUGCCCACCUAGCCCAUCAGAUUUCUCAAACUGUUUAGAUUCGGAACUCCCUUUUUCUAGAGCCCAUAGAGCACCUUCUCACGAGAACGGUGGAGCAAACCCAAAUGGACAAGCUCCUCAAGAGAUUGUUUUAGCCACUGAACUCACUCACUCGACUCCGUCAACAACAGUAACUUUCGAAAUAACCCGCGAAAACAACUAGAUACGUAUAUUUUUCUGUCCAAUAGACAAGGAACUAGUCAAUUACAAGUAGAGUAUUCAUUGUAAAUUGUCCUAACUUAAUACUAGAGUAAAGUGAUUCUAAAUUAUUUGUAAAUGCUAAUCUUAUGGAAAGGAGAACAGAUAAUUGUAAGUUUGAAGUUUUAUGUAUGGUGGGUUAAGAUGGGGGCUGU